GAAGGACGAAGUUUGACGAUCAAGUUGAGGAAGAGGAAGACUGAGAAGAAAGUGGAGUGGUCCAGUGACACUGUUGAUAAUGAGCACCUGGGAAGACGAUCCUCAAAGUGCUGCUGUAUUUACGAGAAGCCCCGACAGUUCGGAGAGUCGUCCUCUGAAAGCGAAGGAGACGAGGACGACGAGGGCUGUGGCAGCGCUAACUGCAUCCUGGGCCAUGGCAGGAGAGGCCACGCACAGAGGCCUGACGGGGGGACGGCGGCCCCCUCAAACUCUGGAGGCUCACACACCCACUAACAAGCAGGAGCGCUCGGCGUGGGGGGGUCUGAGGGGGCUUUGCUACAACUGUGACAUAUUCCACACAUAGUUCCCUCAGAAAGCUGCAGACAGCCUGGUGUCAGAGAGGUCCAGCUGCUGGAGACGUUUCAGCUCGUCUUUCUGUCAGAUCCCAUUAAAAGCAAACCUAACUAAC